AUGAAAUCUUUCGACGAUUUUUGGGCAAUAUUCAGUCUGGUUACGAUACAAACGAUUUUCGUCGAGUCGGCUAUCAGUUGCCCACAAAAUUGGCAGAAAUACGUGAAAAAUGAGGCUUGCUAUCGGGUGAAUGCGAAAAAAAUGACGUGGGCACAGGCGGAAAGCGACUGCAUUGCCCAAGGUGGACGCCUUGUCGGAAUCGUCGACGAGUACGAGAAUCAAUUCGUUUAUCAGUUGGUCCGAUCGGCGAACCUUUCAGCGGGCACCGUUUGGUUGGGUCGUCUCAGCCGUUCCUCUAGAAAUGCUCCAUUUGAUUGGAAUGAUUCGACUUCUUCACAUUUUCACUCUUUUCGAACGCUAGUGGAAUCAUCAAGCAGUCAGUGUAUCUCGAUGUGGAUUGAUCUAGGAGCAGAUGGUUCUUGGCAGCCUUGGGAAUGCACUUAUAAUGGCUAUCCGUCAGUGUGUAAACGUUCGACGCUAAAACAACAAACGCAAACAAUCACCUCGCCGACUGUUCGCUCGCAUGUUUCUACGCGUUGUUGUAUGUCACAAUGUCAACUUCGGUGUCCACAAAAUGAAAAAUGUGUUCCAGAUGAUUUGAAUUGUUUAACGAAUUUAUGCCCAAAUGCUACUGGAUGGUGUUUACCAAAAAAC